GAAUCACAGAAUAUAACGAAUACAGACUAGAUUACAAAAUACGGCAUAACAAAAAAACAAAAUAAUAUGUCAAAUAUCAAUACUCAAUAGUCAAUACUAACAAGUUUUGAAUUUUUAAUAAAAUAUAUGUUAUUAAUAUUUGUAUUACACCAACCAAUAAAUGACGAUUUUAAAAUAAAUUGUGUUUGUGUGUACCAUUGAGUUACACAAUUAGUUUUCUAUUACAAUUUCAAAACGGUGAAAUAAACUAUUAUUUUAUAAUUGUGUGGACUGUAACUUAUUAGAUGAACAUAGUUAAUCAAAGGAAAACCAAUAAUAUCAGAAGACAGAAAGAAAAAAAACAAAUUAUGGCAAUGACGAAAUCAAUAAUUGAUACAACUGUUGCUGGUAAAGAAAAUUCAGACGAACAGACCCUCUUAGCUAAAUUAUUCAAGUCUCUAUUUAAUGUACCACCAAUUAUUGCAAAUAAUGUUUCUGUUAUUGAUAUAAUUAAUACUACACAAGAACUAGUAAUUAAAAAAGGCAUGAUUGAUCCAGAAUCACAAAAAUCUUUAAUCAGCUUUUAUGAAACAGCUGAUCUAGAAACUAUUAGAGAAGAAGAAGUAAUUAGAAAAAUGUUAGAAUUAAUAUAUGAAGUACGAAACAUAAGACAUCAAAAAAUUAAAUCACUUCUGCAGUCCCAAAGAAGUUCAACAUUUCUUAAAUUGUUACAAGUAACAGCAAUGAGGAUACCAGUAUGGUUUCCAAAACAUGAUGAACAACCACCACCAUUGUGUGGUGCUAUUGAGCCACUUCCUUCAUAUGUUGCAAAAAGCGGGGAUUUGGUGGCAGCGCUUGUUAAACAAUCUGGAGAAGAGCGAUGGAUUGUAGCAGAAGCAGUUGCAUUUAAAAAUGGAAAAUACGAAGUGGAAGAUAUUGAUGUGAAAGAAACUAACCGUAAUUUUACAUUAGAAAAAAUUUAUGUAAAGCCAUUACCACUAAUGAGAGCUGAUCCAGUCACUUGUCCAGAUGCAUUCUUUCCCUGCAAUCAAUUUGUUUUAGCAAUGUAUCCACAAACUACUUGUUUCUUCAAAGCUCUAGUAAAAGCUUCGCCUAAAACAAGUUAUGACGGAUAUGAAGUUUUAUUUGAAGAUGAUUUCAAUCAAUAUACCAUAAUGAUGGUUGUAUCCCAAAGAUUUGUUGUUUCAUUUCCAUCACUAGAAAUCCUUCAUAAAGAUGACGAGAUGGUAGUAGAAUAUUAAUUUUAUAUAACAUUAGCUUAUAAAUUUGAUUAUUAUAAGAUCUAUUUAGUGCUCUGUGUAGAUUUUUUAUUAAUAAAAUCUUUAUCAUUGUAUAAUA